GAAGUGGCCGUGAAGAGCCAUAACUUCAUCCCGGGUGUCAGCGAGGAUGCUGUGGGUUACCUUGCUGAGCACCAUAGCCCUGGGAUGGACCACCCCAAUCCCUCUGCUGGAGGACUCGGAGGAGAUCGACGAGCCCUGCUUUGAGCCCUGCUACUGUGAGGUCAAGGAGGGCGUCUUCCACGUCCACUGCGACAGCAAAGGAUUUACAAACGUCAGCCAGAUCUCCCAGAUAUGGACCCGGCCCUUCAAACUCAACCUGCAGAGGAAUUCAAUGCGGAAGCUUUACUUCAACAGUUUCCUGCAUCUCAACAAUGCCCUGUCCCUCAACCUGGGAAACAAUGCCUUGCAAGACAUCCACGCGGGGGCUUUUAAUGGAUUGGGAAUUCUCAAACGGCUUUUCCUGCAUGAGAACAAGCUUGAGGUGUUCCGAAACGACACGUUUCUGGGACUGGAGAGCUUGGAAUAUCUGCAGGCGGACUACAACGUGAUCAAACGCAUCGAAAGCGGAGCUUUCCGGCACCUCCACAAGCUCAGAGUGCUUAUUCUAAAUGACAAUCUGAUACCGGUGCUGCCCAGCUACCUGUUUAGGUCGGUGUCGCUGACUCAUCUGGACCUGAGGGGCAACCGGUUAAAGACGUUACCUUAUAAGGGCACGCUGGAGUACGUGGGGCGGAGCCUGAUGGAGAUACAGCUUGAGGAGAACCCCUGGAACUGUGCGUGUGAGAUAGUGCAGCUGAAAACCUGGCUGGAGAGGAUCCCGUACACGGCACUGGUGGGCGAGAUCACGUGCGAGUAUCCCUUCCACUUCCAUGGGAAAGACCUGCGGGAGAUUAAAAGGAGUGAGCUCUGCCCGCUGCUCUCUGACGCCGAGAUCGAAGCCAAGCUGGGGAUCCCCAGGGUGCCGUUCAACAAUGAGAACACCUGGCCCACCAAGCCCUCGUCCAUGCUCUCCUCCUUCCACAACACCGCCUCGUCCGUGGAGUACAAAGAGAGACACGUCAAGCCCACCAAGCGUCCCAGACCCACCAAGAACCCCCCUACCCCACGGCCCAUCUACCCAGGCCUCAACCAGCCCCCCGUGGCUGGCUACCAGACCCGACCCCCCAUCCCCAUCGUCUGCCCCGCUGGAUGUACCUGCAACCUGCACAUCAACGAUCUGGGGCUGACGGUGAACUGUAAGGAGAAGGCGUUCCACAACAUCUCCGAACUCCUGCCAAGGCCCCUCAACGCUAAGAAACUAUACCUGAGCGGGAACCUCAUUCAGAAAAUCUACCGAUCGGAUUUUUGGAACUUCUCCAGUUUGGAUUUACUACACCUUGGGAACAACCGGAUAUCCUACGUCCAGGAGGGUGCGUUUAUCAACCUGCCCAAUCUGAAGAGUUUAUAUCUCAACGGCAACGACAUAGCGAGGCUGACUCCAGGCAUGUUCAGAGGUCUGCAGACUUUGAGCUAUCUUUAUUUUGAGUACAACGUCAUACGUGAAAUUCAGCCAGCCUCCUUCUCUCUCAUGCCAAGCCUGCAGCUGGUGUUCCUCAAUGACAACCUCCUCCGCUCCCUCCCCACUGACACCUUUGCUGGCACGAGCCUGGCCCGCCUGAACUUGCGCAACAACUACUUCCUGUCUUUGCCAGUGCGCGGCGUCCUCGAACACUUGGACUCCAUCGUCCAGAUAGACCUUCACCAGAACCCCUGGGACUGCUCAUGUGAAAUCAUCCCCCUCAAAAACUGGAUGGAGAAGCUGUCCUCUGUCAUUGUGGUGGGUGACGUCAUCUGCAAGACCCCAGAGUUCGCCUUCGGCAAAGACCUGCGUUCGCUGGACCCCGAGGUCAUCUGCCCCGAGCUGAAGUACCAGUCCGGCCCCUCCCCUGCCCUGCUCCCUAGCGGGGGGGACCUGACCACAGGGAGCCUGGGCCUGGGAGAGGCCAGGGGGAGGGGGGCCGUGCCGCUCUCUGUUCUCAUCCUCAGCCUCCUCAUCCUCUUCAUCUCAGCUGUGUUCGUGGCAGCGGGCCUGUUUGCCUUCGUCCUUAGGCGGAGGAAGAAACUCCCCUUCCGGAAGCGCUCUGAAGUGGACCUCACGGGCAUCCAGAUGCAGUGUCGGAUAUUCGAGGACCCGCUCAGGCAGACCACCGGGGACGGUGCCAGUACGCCGGAAAAGCCGUCAGGUGUACACACACACUCUCACACUGGCCACGCGCACGGUCAUGUCUAUGACUACAUCCCCCAUCCAGUCACUCAGAUGUGUAACAACCCCAUUUAUAAGCCCAGAGAAGGGGAGAUAGCGGAGGAGGAGGGGGGGCAGUUUUCUGAAACGAAGGAGAACAACAGUAACUAUAGAACCCUGCUCGAGAAAGAGAGAGAGUGGACCCUGGCUGUGUCCAACUCUCAGCUCAACACCAUCGUGACGGUGAAUCACGCUACCGCGGAUCUAUCUGGGUUUCACGAGAACGGCGGGCUCUGCCCAACUGUCAUAGACAGCCAGAGACCCACACCGACCGUCGGGUUCGUAGACUGUCUGUAUGGGACGGUACCCAAACUAAAGGACAUGCACGUAGCGCACGCACACCCUCCCGGUAUGCAGUAUCCAGACUUGCAGCAGGACGCGAGGCUGAAGGAGACGUUGCUCUUCACAGCGGGGAAAGGUUACCCAGACCCCUCCCAAAGCGAUUACCUCGAGUUACGGGCCAAACUCCAAACCAAGCCGGAUUACCUCGAAGUCCUGGAGAAAUCAUAUCGAUUCUAACAUCUCCCCCACACGUAAAAAUAUAAUACAAUAGGCCUACGAAACACAAAAACAUAUUCACUUUUUUACCAUACCCCAAAACAAAACCACUGAACGAAAAAUACAAAAAUGUACCUAAAAAAUCAGCAUGUUAUAAAAUGAAAUAUUGUAUUACAAGUUCUUUCCCCCCAAAAUCGCUUUGGAGGAGAGGGCAUUCUCAGAUGUUUCAAUGAAGUGCCUUUUUCAGAGUAGCCAGCAACGUUAAUAACCGUUAUUUUUCUACGAAACAGAUAGGUCUAUAUGCCCAGGAGAAAGAAUGAAAGAAAGAAUGCAAGGAGGAAGAGGCACCGGGAAAUCUAAACAUCCGAAAUUAAAUUCCAUCAAAACGAGCCUGAUGUAGCGCGCUCUGACGGUGGAGUUACCAAAUGCGCGGCUCAGAGGAGCGGGACGUCUCCGUGGCCGUGUCUCCCAUAUAUUUCACGUGGAUGUACAAAUACCCGGAGGCCGUGCACACGAGGUUUGUAGGAAAUGAAUAACGAUUAACAAUAAAUAAAUACAUUUAAAAAACAAAAUGAAUUGCAGUUUGCUGCAUGCACUCGCCCCACUGCAGGAGCGAGGGAUUGGCUCCGAACUAUCAGUCACGUAUUAAUAGAGAUACUGCAACGCAUUUACAGUUCAGUGUUCUAUUUAAUUUUAUAUAUUAUUAAUAUGAUUAUUAUCAAAGAGGACUACUAUCGAUAUCGGGUGCUUCUCAUGGACGUGCCCACCCGUGGAUGCUAGACAUUUGUGAAUAUUCCUGUAUGAUGACGCUCAAGGUUUUCUGGGAUCCCCACGCACUUUCUUAAGACGCAUCGCUUCUGGAUUACCAUCAUCACCACUAACGCGGCUUUGUAGGAGGCACUUUUAAUGUUUUCUCUCUCACAAAGAUUUGAAGAAAAAUGUGCAUAUAUAUUUAUUCUGUAAUUUCAGUGAAAAUUUUAAUUGUAAAGGUAAUGUUAAAUCAAUGUAUAGUGAUUAUCCGUCUGGUAUAGCCUUCUUAAUAAAACUCUUCAAUCCAACAGAAAAGGGUGCCACCGCGGACAGGUUUGUGCUGAGCACUGUGGUGGUCGUAGGCUCCUUAUAGGGUACUGCCUUUCGCCGUUGUUGUGCAUUGCAUAAUGAUACAUUGGUCUUCAGAAGCUUGAGGAACACAAGCUGUUCGGGUUUCGAAUAAGAAAUGAACCGCUGCUCGUUGACUUUAGGCUAUGGACGGAAAAUGUUUGGUACUUCUGGUAAAGGCUAGACCAAGGGAUAGUUGCGUGGAUUGGGGGACAGUGACACAAGAGAGAGCGUCAAGCGAACACGUAAAUGAAUGAGCCACCUCGCCGUAAUAUUAGCUAACAAUGUGCAUUCGGAUUCCGUGUAAAUUGUAUCUAAAAUAGUUAAUUAAUUAGAAAUGAAGUGCGAGUUUUUUUCCCCGCACUCCUUACCCACUAUGCUCUGCAAAGGGGUAAUGCAUAUUCUGUCCACAUGAGGGCAAAAAGAAGGCACUCACUUUACUUGACAAUAUCGUAAAUGUGUGAGAUUAAUUAUGAGGGAACCAAUUGAAAAUCUAUAAAUUAAACGUGGUUCGAUACUAAUGCGCGAUAUCAACGCUUUUAUAGUUCUUACUGGCUAUGGGAAAAUACCGCAAAUGGGUUUUUUAUGGGUUUUGUGCAAUAGAGAGAAAACCAGACAAACAUUACAAAUAAAAUAAAAAAACUUAAAUUAAAGAGAUAUGAUACCUUAUUUGUCAUUGGUUACAGGGCGAUUAAAUAUAUACGAAGUGUUAUGCAUCAAGACAGGUAUAUAUCUUUUUUAUAUAUAUAUAGAAGAUGAUAAAAUCGAAGGCUCUUCUUGGUCGAUGUUAAUGUAUGGUCUUUGGGGAUAAGUUCUUAAAGGAAUCACCUAGUCAUUGUUCCACUACGAUCAUAACACAUCAUACUGUGUGUUUGUACCAUGGCUGUUCUUCCUUCUUGUUGGACAAUCAUCAGUCACCAGUGUGAGUGUGGAUCACCUCCUCAGAGAGAGGACAUUGUCAAUACUGUAGCAUUCACCCACUGGAGGUCAAUGGACUCUUUAUUUCACACACACACAGACACACACACACACACAUACAUCGAAUACACGCGCACAAACACACACACAUGCGAAUCAACCCACACACACACACACACACACACACACACACACACACACACACACACACACACACACACACACACACACACACACACAAACAAGCUCCCUCCCUCCUCUUAAGCCUUUUAACACAUGCACAUGUACACACAUGCAAAAAACACAAUUUUUCACAACCAAGACAGUUACACUAUACUCAGCAGUUUUGUGCAUGCACUCAGUUUAAUUAAAAGCGAACAUGCAUUCUUCUAUUUUAAAUGCAAAAAAACGACUUUUCAAUGCUCAAUAUUUCUACUUGGUUAAGGGAACACGCUCCGAUAUUUUCCUAAAUGUCCUGGGUUUGAUUGACCCUCCCUUCAAACUUCCACCCCAAAUGAGUGUUGAAUCUGUUCUAAUAAACCCUGAUGUCUCAUACUGCCAUGUCCAGGUUAUUUUGUGCUGAAUGGAAUAUGGUAGCCCGAUACAGAUAUACAGAAACUGUAAGGAGAAGCCAGGUGUGUGUUUCUCUUCUAUGCUGUCUGUGCUGGGUACAUACAAUACAUAGUCUCUUUUUGAAUUUGUUUGUUGUUGAACUUAUAUUGAAUGACAUAGAACAAACAUCUAUCUUUUUUCAUCUUUUUUUUUGGAAAGAUAACUUUACAUAAAGCAAACACAUGUGGACAUUUGAAGGCUGAAGCUUUUGGUGAAGGUUGAAGCCAUCCUCCAUCCCUCCCCAGCUAGCAGGUCCAGGGCCAGUGCUCCAUCCUUCCCCAGCUAGCAGGUCCAGGGCCAGUGCUCCAUCCCUCCCCAGCUAGCAGGUCCAGGUCCAGUGCUCCAUCCUUCCCCAGCUAGCAGGUCCAGGGCCAGUGCUCCAUCCCUCCCCAGCUAGCAGGUCCAGGUCCAGUGCUCCAUCCCUCCCCAGCUAGCAGGUCCAGGUCCAGUGCUCCAUCCCUCCCCAGCUAGCAGGUCCAGGGCCAGUGCUCCAUCCCUCCCCAGCUAGCAGGUCCAGGUCCAGUGCUCCAUCCCUCCCCAGCUAGCAGGUCCAGGUCCAGUGCUCCAUCCCUCCCCAGCUAGCAGGUCCAGGGCCAGUGUGUUUUCUUCCUGUCUCAUCUUUCACCCCUGGGAUGUAAAUACUCUUGGAUCUGAGUUCAGUGCUUCAAUAGAUAAACCCAUGCUCCAUUGUUUGCAAUCUCGCCACAUAGAUUGCAAACCUUCAUUUUGAAUCUUAUGAAGCUCAACAUAAGUUGUUGUUACUCUUUGUGUUUGUCUGCUCAUAGUUGGGUGAAUGGUACCAUAGGUUGAACCUCAUCUGUUUAGCUACAUCUCUGAUGGUUUAUUUUUAUUGAACAUCAGUCUAUUCGUUUUUUAUCUCGAAUAUCUAACUCAAGCUUUGGAUGAUCUCAGAGGAAGAGUAUGAGAUGGAUAAACGGAUUGAUUAGUUACUCAUUGUGUGAGCACCCGAUUGCUUUCUGAGUCUGUACUGGAACAAACAAACAGAGUGUGGUAUUGGCAGACAUGUUCACUUUUUAGUGUUAGGUAAUAUGUCUGUUAGAGUUUUUUUUACAGUCGCUAGGACACAUUUCUCAAUACUUAGGUCACUUUUUCAAAACUCUUCACACAGUUCUCCUAACCAACUUUCAGCUCGACACAGCAGUUAAUUUCACAUUCAAAAUGUACUAAAACUACCAAAAUACAUCAUACAUGUCUCAAAUCAACUAAUUCUUCCAUAACACUAGCAAAGGUUGACAGCCAACAAACAUACUUUGUCACCCACAAAACAAAGACCUAAAAAUCACUAACAACAGGUAGCACUAUACAAUGUUUUCUUAUGUAAAACAAGGACACCUCUCUACUGUUUAGAAUUCACUGCAAUAUAUGUUACUGGAAUGAAUCAGACAUGAUGCAGUAUGCUUCAAUAUGUUGUAUAUAUAAUUUUUUUUUCACUAAUUCCAGAAUACAAGAAUUUGAAUACACACCAUCCACUGAUAGAGAUACAAUAGGAAUACUACUGUAAUCUUCUGCAUUUGGCCAAUAGGUUCUCAUCCACAUCACAUCUUAUGUCAUCUAGGGCAAUACACCUAGGAAAGAAUCUUCUGGCAUGCCUGAUCCAUCCCUGGAAAUGUCCAGGCAUCCAGCAUUCAUUGCGUCCAGGAGGGACAUUUGAUCAUGUGGAUGGUGGUCAUACAGUAAACCUUCCACAUGCAUGAGGAAAAUAAUUAUUCUAUGGGGUUGAGGAAUGGAGAGUAAGGUGGGAAGAAAAGUGAAACCAUUCUGAGAUGGGCUGCAAACCACUCGGUGACUGCACGGGAGUGGUGAAAUGUCACAUUGUCCCAUACAAAUG